AUGUCUCAAACAACAAACGAAACAAUGUACACACAAUUAUCCAUAUAUAACGUACUUGACCGAUUAAGUGGUGGGUCAUGGAAGCUUUCAAAUGAACAAAAGAAAGAACUUCAAAAAAUUAAAAAUGAAAAGAAACCAAGAACCAACAUUGCUCAAGAGAUUCACAGUAGUGAAAUAUUGGUUUUUAAUCUUAUAAAUGACAAAAUAGAUAGUCUUGAAGAACAAAUUAAAGACUUGAAAAAUCAGAACGAAACUCUGCAGAAUGAAAAGGAGGAAGUUGUGAAGAAAAAUGAAGAGAUGCAAAAGGAUAUCAACAGAUACAUAUAUAUGGAUGAAUUGAUGGACGACCUAGAAAAAGAACAUAACGCUAAAAUUCUAGCUGAAGAAAAGGAAUAUCACGCCAAAGAAAUCCGAUCCCGCUGUGACAAAAAUGAAAAGAAGAUCAAAAUGUUGCAAAAUCUCAUCAACCAAUUAAGAGGACCACAUUCUCACAGCAAAGAGUUCAAAUAA